AUGGGCAUCUCCAAGUUCCUCCGCGCUAUUGUGCGCAAUGAGGCGAUGCGCACUGAUCCUCAUGAGAUCUACGGCUGGAGAGUCUUUGCUCUGGCAUGUGCUUCCUGCUUCGGCGGCAUGCUCUUCGGCUGGGAUAUUGGCGCCAUAGGCGGCGUCCUCGCCAUGGAAGAGACGCAGAAGCGCUUUGGCUACUUUGACAGCUCCAAGGCCCACAAGACGAACCAGGACCAGAACAUUGUGUCGACGCUGCAGGCCGGGUGCUUCGCCGCCUGCUUCGUGACGCCCUGGCUGGCCGACCGCUACGGCCGGCGCCUGUGCCUCAUCGUCGUCGGCAUCAUCACGACCGUCGGCGUCAUCUUCCAGGCCGCCUCGGCCGCCCAGGGAACCCUGGCGCUCAUGUUCGUGGGCCGCUUCGUGGCCGGCGUCGGCGUCGGCGCCGCCUCCAUGCUGACGCCGCUCUACGUCUCCGAGUGCGCGCCGCGCGCCAUCCGCGGCGGCCUCACGGCCUUCUACCAGCUCUUCAUCGUCACGGGCACCAUGAUGGCCGUCUGGGUCAACUACGGCAGCCUCAUGCACGUCACGGGCACCGCCGUCUACGCCGUGCCCCUCGCCAUGCAGGCCCUGCCCGCCGUCAUCCUCAGCGCCGGCAUGCUCUUCUGCCCCGAGAGCCCGCGCUGGUGCGCCAAGCAGGACCACUGGGAGCGGGCCACGGCCAUCCUGGCCAGGCUCAGGGCCCUGCCGGCCGACCACGAGUACGUCCAGGCCGAGAUCAACGACAUGUCGAACCAGCUCGAGACGGAGCGCCGCCUCGUCGGCGAUGCUACGACGAGGGCCCUCCUCCGCGAGAUGUGGCUCGUUCCCAGCAACCGCAAGAGAGCGCUGCUGUCUGUUUUUCUCAUGAUUUCCCAACAGAUGAGCGGGCCGAACGCAGUCAACUACUACGCUCCGCAAAUCUUCAAGAACCUCGGCAUGAGUGGCACUGAGUCGUCUCUCUUUGCCACAGGUAUCUAUGGCGUCGUCAAGGUCGUUGGCUGCGCGUGUUUCCUCAUCUUCGUUGCCGACUCCCUGGGCCGGCGGAGGAGUCUGAUCUGGACGGGCAUCGGACAGGGUAUCGCCAUGUAUAUUGUGGGCAUUUACGGCCGAGUGGAGCCCCCUGUUGAGGGCGAGCCGAUCUCGCCCUUCGGCUACGUCGCCAUCACCUGCAUCUUCAUCUGGGUCGUCUUCUUCCAGUUUGGCUGGGGCCCGUGCUGUUGGAUCCUGGUCUCCGAGAUCCCAACCGCUCGUCUCCGUGCUCUGAACGUCGCCCUCGCGGCGGCGACGCAGUGGCUCUUCAACUUUAUCAUUGCGCGUACCGUGCUGACGAUGCAGCUCACCAUGGGCUACAAGGGCUAUGGUAUGUUCUUCAUGUUUGGAUCCUUUAGCUUCGUCAUGGCCGUCAUCGUCUACUUCCUCAUUCCCGAGACCAAGGGUCUGAGUCUGGAGCAGAUGGAUGAGCUCUUUGGUGUCAACGACAUGGUCAAGACCAUGGACGACGAGCCUGAGGUGGCAGCUGGGACAACCAUUCAGGAUGCAGCUGAGCGGCCUCGUGAGAAGUGA